AUGAAUACGUCAAACGAACAAACUGUUGCUGAAAUUGCAGAACUCAAGUUCUAUCGAGUUUUGGCCAAGUUCAGUCAAAAAAUGUGGACGAAAGUCGAUAAUGCAGAGGAAUGUUCCCAACAAUUAUUUGAUGCUGUCAAUGAGUUACUGCAAAAUGGCAUUGUACCAUCCGAUGAGCUUAUUAGUCAUUUAGCAAUAACAAUUAAUGCUAUGAUUUGUCCGAAUUAUACAUUUCUUCAUUCUAUAGAACAACGAAGUUUACCUAUCAGAUAUAAUUAUGAUCAUAGAAAAAUGGAAAAAGCUUUCUUGAAUCUCUACAACAUUUUGAAUCGAGUCGGUUUCGAACGCGUGCAUCGACAAAUCAAUGGAUACUACUUUUGCACUAAUCCCGAUCAAUUAUUCGUAUGUCCUCGACUGCCUCCUAGGAAAACAUACGAAUAUACGCCUCAUAUAUUUGUGCUUCCGACUGAUCAAGAGCCAAAGCACAUUCCAUUUUUAAAUCUCCAACAUGUUGUACACAAUAUUGAUGAUGUUCUGUCAAUUUUAAAUUUAAGAAGAAAUGGAUUAGCUUCGCAAUUGAAUCGGACGACAACUGCAGAGCAGCACUUAGUAGCUGAGUUCAUCGGUGGUCCAAACCAUGCGUAUCACGGGCCUCCUAUGGUAUGGUUUGCAAUUCUACCACCUGAACAAAGCUUAGUUAGUUCUCAAUUUUUAUCUCCAUCACUUGAUUACAAGAACUCAAGCUAUGGAUGCUAUCGUUUCUCUAUUCCAUUUAGUUAUUUCCUCAAGUAUAAAGCAUAUAUUCUUGGAACACGAAAGUAUGACGAGGAAUAUUGUCACACUAUUAUGUUGACCGAUAGCAAUGUUCAAUCAGUGCAGUUCAUGCAAGAACUCGAACCAAAAACAUUGACAGAGACAAACAUAAUAACAGAAACGAAUGGAUCAUUUCAAUGGUUGUGCUACCGCGAUACAGAAAAAGCAUGGGAUCAAUUAGAUUUUAGUAUUGCCGUAAGCAGUCUGAAAUGUGAUCCUAUACAAGAUAAAAUUCGUCUGAAUUUUGUCGAUCAUAAAAAUUGCAUACGCGACAAGUAUUUGGCUGGUGGACCUGCGUGUAUUAUACGAUCGCGUGCACAAGCCAUGGAACAGUUCCUGUCAGAAUUAGAUAAGGACAACAUCACUUUAACUUUGCUAAAACCUUUUUUUGACAAAACAGUCUAUGAUGAACUGCAAAAUCUUCAAAGGGAGAAUAACAGAUCUUAA